UUUGACUCAGAUUUAUUGCAGUGGGGAGGGAACGGUGAAGGUGUUUAUGUCAGUCUCCAUUUUAAGUCUGAGAGCAGAGCAGGAAACUGAAGUGUGACCAGAACAUGAGCGUUCGUUUAGAGGAAGAGGAGGACAGAGCAGAGUCUCCUGGACCCAGCUGUGUGUCUCUGACGAGUGACCGGUCUAUACAUGAACCUUACAACUUCAGUAAUGAACCAGGAACCUCAGACUCACAAUUUCAUUCAAACGGACGGAGAGCAGAGUCUCCUGGACCCAGCUGUGUGUCUCUGAAGAGCGACUGGUCUAAAGAUCAUCCUCCAGACUUCAGUAAUGAACCUGGACCCAGCUGUGUGUCUCUGAAGAGCGACUGGGGGAGGAAGAGGAGUCCUGUCUCUGUGGAGGAGCAGCCGUCCUGCUGUGCUGUGUGUCAGGACGUCCUGAAGGACCCGGUCUCUACCAGCUGUAGACACUGGUUCUGCAGACAGUGCCUCACCUCAUACGUGGACCAGUCUGGUUCACCAGGAGACUCCUCCUGCCCCCAAUGUGGAGAGAGGUCCAGAACAAGACCUGGACCUGAGACUGCCGGUCAGAGAAGCCCUGCACAAAAGCCUGGUGGUCUGCAGGAGGUUUUAAAGGAACACAAGAACAGUCUGAGAAGGAGAUGUGAACAUGUGACUGAAGGAAGUGAUGAAACAGGAAGUAGAAUCCUCCUCAACAGGAUCUACACUGAGCUCUACAUCACAGAGGGACAGAGUGAAGAGGUGAAUACCCAACAUGAGGUGAGCCAGCUGGACACCACCUUCAAGAAGAAGAUCCUCCAGGACACUCCCAUCAGGUGCCAGGACAUCUUCAGAGCCUUACCUGGUCAACAGAAACCCAUCAGAGUAGUUCUGACAGUUGGCGUCGCUGGUGUUGGAAAAACCUUCUCAGUGCAGAAGUUCACUCUGGACUGGGCAGAGGGCUCGGAGAAUCAAGACCUCAGUCUGGUGGUUCUGCUUUCAUUCAGGGAGCUGAACCUGAUCAGAGAUAAGGGGUACAGUCUCCUCCAGCUGCUCCAUGAUUUCCAUCCAACAUUACAGAAGGUCUCAGCAGAGGCGCUGGCUGUCUGUAAACUGGUGUUCAUCUUAGACGGCCUGGACGAAAGCAGACUGUCUCUGGAUUUCAACAACACUCAGGUUGUGUCUGACGUCACACAGAGCUCAUCCAUAAACCUGCUGUUAACAAACCUCAUCCAGGGGAAUCUGCUCCCCUCAGCUCUGGUCUGGAUCACUUCUCGACCAGCAGCAGCCAAUCAGAUCCCUCCUUCAUGCGUUGACAGGGUCACAGAAGUCAGAGGCUUCACUGACGCCCAGAAGGAGGAGUACUUCAGGAAGAGGUUCAGUGAUGAAGAUCUGUCCAGCAGAAUCAUCUCACACAUCAAGACCUCCAGGAGCCUCCACAUCAUGUGUCAGAUCCCAGUCUUCUGCUGGAUCACUGCUACAGUUCUGGAGCACAUGAUGAGCACAGAGCAGAGAGGAGAGCUGCCCAAGACCCUGACUGACAUGUACUCACACUUCCUACUAGUCCAGACCAAGAGGAAGAGGGAGAAGUACGCUGAGGGUCCUGAGACCAGUUCUCAGGAGCUGAUUGAGGCUGACGGGGAAGUUCUCCUGAAGCUGGGCAGGCUGGCGUUUGAACAUCUGGAGGAAGGAAACAUCAUGUUCUACCAAGAAGACCUGGAGCGUUGUGGUCUGGAUGUCACAGAGGCCUCGGUGUACUCAGGACUUUGUACAGAGAUCUUCAAAAGAGAGUAUGUGAUCUUCCAGAAAACAGUCUACUGCUUUGUUCAUCUGAGCGUUCAGGAGUUUCUGGCUGCAGUCUACAUGAUCAACUGUUUCACAAGCAGGAACAAAGCAGCACUGAAGGAACAAGACAGGAACAAAGCAGCACUGAAGGAACAAGACAGGAACACAGCAGCACUGAAGGAACAAGACAGGAGCAAAGCAGCACUGAAGGAACAAGACAGGAACACAGCAGCACUGGAGGCUUUACUGGGGAAACAACACAAUGUUUCAACUCUUGAAGACCUCCUGAAUAAAGCUAUGGCGAAAGCUCUGAAAAGUAAAAAUGGUCACCUGGACCUGUUUGUCCGCUUCCUUCAUGGACUCUCUCUGGAGUCAAACCGGAGACUUUUAGGAGGUCUGCUGGAUCACACAGACAACAGUCCAGAGAUGAUCCAAAGAGUCAUCAACAACCUGAAGAAGAUGAACAGUGAUGAGAUCUCUCCUGACAGAAGCAUCAACAUCUUCCACUGUCUGACGGAGCUGAAUGACCUCUCAGUCCAUCAGGAGAUCCAAGAGUUCCUGAAGUCAGAGACCAGAUCAGAGAGACUCUCUGAGAUCCACUGCUCUGCUCUGGCCUACAUGCUGCAGAUGUCAGAGGAGGUUCUGGAUGAGUUAGAUCUGGAGAAGUACAUCACAUCAGACGAGGGACGACGGAGACUGAUUCCAGCUGUGAGGAACUGCAGGAAGGCUCGACUUACAGGCUGUAAGCUCUCAGAGACUCACUGUGAAGUUGUGGCCUCUGCUCUGAAGUCCAACCCCUCCCACCUGAGACACCUGGACAUGAGUAACAACUACGAGCUGACAGAAUCAGGAGUUAGGCUGUCAGCUGGACUGAAGAGUCCUCACUGCAGACUGGAGACUCUGAGAUUGAGGUGGUGCAUGUUGUCAGAGAUCAGCUGUGCUUCUCUGGCCUCUGCUCUGAAGUCCAACCCCUCCUAUCUGAGAGAGCUGGACCUGAGUCAGAAUGACCUGCAGGAUUCAGGAGUGAAGCAUCUGUGUGGUUUUCUGAAGAGUCCACUCUGCAGACUGGAGACUCUGAGAUUGUGGGCCUGCAGUUUAUCAGAGCUCAGCUGUGCUUCUCUGGCCUCUGCUCUGAAGUCCAACCCCUCCCAACUGAGAGAGCUGAACCUGAGUAGAAACAAUGAGCUGCAUGAUUCAGGAGUGAAGGAGCUGUGUUGUUUUCUGGAGAGUCCACUCUGCAGACUGGAGACUCUGAGAUUGGAAUACUGCAGGUUGUCAGAGAUCAGCUGUGCUUCUCUGGCCUCUGCUCUGAAGUCCAACCCCUCCCAUCUGAGAGAGCUGCAGCUGAGAGGAAACAACCUUCAGGAUUCAAAUAUGAAGCCUCUGUCUGAUCUUAAAGACAGUCCCCUCUACAGACUGGAGUCUCUGAGAUGACGCCUGUGUGUGGAGAGGCUCUGACUGGACCGUGUUACUGGGAGGAAGAGGAAGAGGAGAGCUUCAUCCAGCAGUGACUGGAUGGAGGAAUUACAGCAGGUGGAGGUGACUGCAGUCUGCUCCACUUUCAGACUUGGUGUCACGUCCAGCAUCAUCAGAGUGUGUGUGGAUGGCUCUGUCCUUCUACACACUGAGACUCCUCACCUUCUGCUCCACACUCAGCCCCCUCCUCCACCUGGAAUCUGGUUGUGAUGAAAAUGUUGUAAUAAUUGUUUCCAUAUUGAUCAUCACUGAUCUCUUUCCCUGUAUAUAUUUAGAAAACGUUUCCAGUUUGGAGGCUAACUUCAAAGUUUAUUCAUUAACAUGCUCUCUCUUGUUUAUCACUCAUUUUUAAGGCUGGUGGCUCAUGGUUUGUAGUUUUCUCUUCAUAUUAAAACUUGAAUCAACAAUCUGAAAA